UUCCCUGCCGCCUGCAGCGGGGCAGCCCUGCGUCCUGCACCCUCAGCACUAGCUCCAGCUUAAGGCGCAUCCUCCACCGCUCCCCGGCCUCGCCUGUCUUUCCCAAGCUCUUGAUGCUGCCCGGCUGAAGGGAGAAAAUGGGCACUGGAGAUUUUAUCUGCAUUUCCAUGACUGGAGGGGCGCCCUGGGGGUUCAGGCUGCAGGGAGGCAAGGAACAGAAGCAGCCCUUGCAAGUGGCGAAGAUUCGAAGUCAGAGCAAAGCGUCAGACUCUGGCCUGUGUGAGGGGGAUGAAGUGGUGUCCAUCAAUGGCAACCCUUGUGCAGACCUUACCUACCCUGAAGUCAUCAAACUUAUGGAGAGCAUAACGGACUCUCUCCACUUGCUUAUCAAAAGACCAUGCAGUGGUACAAGUGAGACUUUGGACUCUGAAACAGAAAACACAAACCAUCAGCAUCUUACACAUGAGGGACCCAUGGAAAGUACCACCUUGCAGAUUCUUCCAGCCACAAACACCCAGUGCAAAGACUUCUUUCUCGCUUCAGUCCCAAGUAAAGUUCCCCUAACCGAGGACCAAGGAAAUGAUUGGGGUUAUGCAGAAUGUACAACGGGAGAAAAAAUUCCCCAGAUGCUUGGCUCCCAAGAAGAACACUUGGUAGAGGAGGUCAUCUUAAGGGAAAAGGCAGAAGAAGGCCAACCGGGCCGUGUGGUUGAGCUCCAACUGUCCCUCUCAAAGGAAAGACAUCAGUAUGCUAGUGGCCCUAUAGUGACUCUCCAGGGAAAUGAGAAUUCCAAGUCUUCUGACCCAGACUGGAGCUCACAACAGGAGAGGACCGUCCACAUCAAUUCGGUCGCUGAUCCUGAGGAGGAAGCAGACUCUUCUCUCCUGCCCAGCACAACAAGCCAGACCUCCAGCGGCCAGCAGCUGAGCCUGAUCCAAGGGAGAGAAGCAGGAGGCCCAGGGCUGCCCCAGGUGGAAGUGAUUCUGGACUGCUCUGACAGGCAGAAGGCGGAGGAGUGCAGGCUGCAGGCAGGAAAGGGGUGUGUGGCUUCUGGGGUGGAAGGAGGGCGGUCAGAAGCACCUCCUUCUCUGGUCUCCUUUGCCGUCUCACCAGAAGGCACCGAGCAGGGGGAAGAUCAACGCCCGGGAAAGGAUCACAGCAGACCACACAAACACAGGGCGCGACAUGCUCGGCUCAGGAGGAGCGAAAGUCUGUCUGAGAAGCAAGUGAAAGAAGCUAAGUCUAAAUGCAAAAGCAUCGCUCUUCUUCUAACGGAUGCUCCCAACCCCAACUCCAAGGGGGUGUUGAUGUUUAAGAAGCGGAGGCGGAGGGCCCGGAAGUACACCCUAAUCAGUUACGGUACUGGCGAGCUUGAAAGAGAGGAGGAGGAGGAGGACCAGGAGGAAGGUGACAAGGACGAGAUAAGUGAAGUCGCAUUUCUUGGAACGAGCGAGUCAGAAGUGGAUGAAGAGUUACUGUCGGACAUUGACGACGACACACAAGUUGUGAACUUCGACUGGGAUUCUGGACUGGUGGACAUUGAAAAGAAACUGAGCCGAGGGGACAAGAUGGAGAUGCUGCCAGACACCACAGGCAAGGGGGCGCUCAUGUUUGCUAAGCAGAGAGAGAGGAUGGAACAGUUCGCCGCCCAAAACGAAGAGGAGAAGGCGGGUACACUGCCAGGCAGAGAACCAGACGGGCUGCAGACGGACGGUCUGAGAACCGUGACUUCUUAUAAAAGGAAGGAAGAGGAAUCCGUGAGAAUGCAGAGCUCUGUGAGUGAAAGCUCCAUCCAGAUGGGCUGUAGUCUUGGCAAUGUGCCACAACAGAAUGGCUUCAGUGGCAUUUCUGAGACAACAGGGGCCCAGAGGAUGAUCCCUAUGAAUAGAACCGCCAAGCCGUUCCUGGGAACUAUGAACCAGCCAACAGCACCCUUCUCCCCAACCCGGAGUGUGACUAGCCCCAUGUCCGACUUUCCUGCCCCACCACCUUACUCUGCCGUCUCACCUCCACCUGAAGCCUUCUCCAGAGGGGUAGCAAGUCCAAUCACUGGCCCAGCACAGCCCCCGCCAUGGCCCCAGCCUGCUCCAUGGUCACAGCCAGCGUUCUACGAUUCUUCUGAGCAAAUAGCUUCCCGGGACGAGAGGAUCGCAGUGCCGGCGAAAAGAACAGGCAUACUGCAGGAAGCCAGAAGGCGAGGCACAACAAAACCCAUGUUUACGUUCAAAGAAACCAAAGUGAGCCCCAACCCUGAGCUCCUGUCACUUCUUCAAAAUGCAGAAGGUAAGCGAGGCACUGGAGCUGGAGGGGACUCGGGGCCGGAAGAAGACUAUCUCAGCUUAGGCGCAGAGGCUUGUAACUUCAUGCAAAGUUCUGCUAAGCAGAAGACCCCACCUCCCGUCGCUCCAAAGCCUGCAGUCAAGUCAUCCUCCUCACAACCAGUAACCCCAGUUUCUCCAGUCUGGUCUCCAGGAGUGGCUCCAUCCCAGCGUCCUGUCUUCUCCACAUCAAACCUACCGAACCCACCACAGGUCACAGCUGUGUCCUCCAUCAAAAUAGCCCAGCCUUCCUGCCCUCCUGCCCGGCCUGCGAGCUCACUGAACCUGGCCGGUCCCUUCAAAGGACCCCAAGCAGCAGUUGUCAGUCAAAACUACACACCCAAGCUAUCGGCACCCACACCGCAAGUAAAUGCUGCUCACGCUGGUGCCGGGGGACCAUCCAAUGAGCUUCCUGGAAUGAGCGGGAAAGGAGCCCAGCUGUUUGCUAAAAGGCAGUCAAGGAUGGAGAAGUACGUGGUAGAUUCCGACACGGUGCAGGCCCACGCAGUUCGGGCCCAGUCUCCUACACCGUCCCUGCCAGCCAGCUGGAAGUACUCCUCGAAUGUACGAGCACCCCCUCCUAUGGCCUACAAUCCGAUCCAUUCCCCCUCAUACCCACUGGCUGCUAUCAAGUCUCAGCCACCUACCGCCCAGGCCUCCAAAACAAGCAAGAAAAAGGGCAAGAAACCGCUUAACACUUUGGAUGUCAUGAAGCAUCAACCGUAUCAGCUCAACGCCUCUCUGUUUACCUUUCAACCUCCUGAUGCAAAGGAUAGCCUCCCUCAAAAGUCAACGGUCAAGGUCACUUCAGGCCCAGCCCUGAAGCAUGCCCUUCCUCCCAGACAGGUGAACGUUGGCUCUCCCACCAAUGCGCAGGCUUCGUCUGUGUACUCAGUACCGGCUUAUCCCUCUCAGCCGUCCUUCUUCGCGGAGCCCACCUCGCCUGUGAGCGCAUCCCCAGUUCCUGUGAGUGUUCCCACCUCGCCGAAGCAAGAAUCGGCUUCCUCGUCCUAUUUUGUGGCACCAAGACCGAAGUUCUCAGCCAAGAAAAGCGGUGUCACAGUCCAGGCGAGUGGACGCUCCCUUUCUCUUCCUGGAAAACCAGCCCCGCCCAACAUAUCUGCAUCUCCGUGGCUGUACCAGCAGGCUCACGGUUACCCCAGCAGGCCGACCCUCGGGCUGGAGAAAGCUAACAAGAGACCAACACCUUGGGAAGCAGCGGCUAGGUCUCCCCUUGGUCUAGUGGAUGACGCCUUCGGACCCAGAAGCAUCCAGGAAUCCAUUGUGGCGAAUGUAGUCUCCGCAGCUCGGAGGAAGGCGUGCUCAGGGUCCCAAGAGGACUGGAAAGAGAGACUGUCCUUUGUCUCCCAAACUCAGAAGACCAACAUGAGUUUCCCUGAAAGGCAAGAGUAUAAUGCUCCAUCCCCAGUCAGCAGCCUCAUGUCCACCCACUCCGUAUACAGUUCUCAGUUGCCAUAUGUGAGUCCUAGGCAGGAGUUCAGAUACGACCCGAAAAUAAUGCCCAUGGAGACCAGGUCUGAAUACGGUCUUCCAUUAGGUGGCUACAAUUACAACCCACACCCACGGGGGUGGAGACACCAACCAUGAGAGCCAGCGUGACAACUCUGUGGGUUUCAUAGCUUAUGUCCGUGAUCCUUUGGCGGGUUCUUCACUUCUUAAGUAGACUUAAAGCCACUUUUAGCCCCUUGUGGCUCUCACGGGUCAUUUAUCUGAGUGCGAACGUGUGUAAGCACACAAGUGUGGAGCACCCGAGGAACUGCUUGGAAGCAGGGAGUCCUGUGAGCAGGGUGUGGUGGGGCACACCCAUAACGAGGCAGGGCAGAACACCAGGAAUUCAAGAUAAUCCUCAGGCCUGUAGAUUGAAAUCAGCCGAGGGUACCUGCCUCAAAAAAACAAAACAAAACAAAACAAAAAAAAAAGCAACCCUCCCCCCCCCCCCCAACUUUCUCACAUUAAUGUUCUAGCACUUACAUAUACUUCAAAAUCUUAACUCCUUUUGCAAGGAGUCCCAAGUUCACUUAAUUACAGUGAAUCCAACAUCUUCUUCUCUAUGCCUCAGCCCAACAGGGGGUUAUUAGAAUAUGGUGUAUCAAUUGCCAGUAGCAAUGAAUAUAAAAUUUUCUUUUUAUUAAUUUUAAGUUAGCAUCCAAAGAAAGCGGUUUCAUUUUGUCGUGUUAAUAUGCAUGUACCAUUAUACGUUGUUCUAAUCCAUCUGUCACCCCAUUGCCUGCCCUUCCCCAUGACACAAGCCUUUCCUUUGGGCAGCUCCCACCUUUCCUAUUAGGAUAAAUUCCUAAGGCGUGCCUGACAGGAAGUAUGAUAAUUAUGCAGGAAAGAAUCUCCUUGGUGUCAUCCCAAAUAUUUCUCAAAAACCUUUUGUAGGUGCAGUUCAGGUGUUUUAGAAGACCGAAACCGUGACAGUGCUUUGCUAUGUAGCUCUGGUUGGCUUGGUGCUGCUUUUGUAGCCCAGGUUAUCCUCAAACCCAUAGCUUGUCUCAGCCUACCAAGUGCUGGGAUGUCGGGUGGGCAGCAUUAUGCCUGGCCGACAGAAGAAUGUUCUGAGACGGGGAUGUGUCAGGGUCAGGGAACUACACAACUCAAGUGGACUUGAGAGGACACAGAGUAAUAAUAUGUGGGAAGCACAAAUCUAAACAUUGGGUUUAUUCCUCAUUUAAAAGCCAGCCUGAGACAGGAAGGUUUCAGUUCACUUAUCCUCACUCGUCAAAUGAGAAGGCUGGAUUGUCUAAUUGCUUAGGUUCUUAACAAUUCUGGUAUGGUGAAAAUCUCUCAGUAGAAUGACCUCUGAUGUAUCGUUUAUUCUUGCUCAUUACAUAAAUAUCAGAUCACCUUUAGGAGUGGAUGAGGUUAUUUAGCGCCAUGACAUGCGUCACCGAAGGUCCCAAAAGGAAUUUCUAAGUGGCGGGUUUUGUGUUAUGUGGAGUGAGGGUUGAUGUAAAGAUAAAAAUAUGAGUGGAUUUCAGGAAGUGGUAGAUGAAUGUGCCUGCCAUUAUGCAACUGUUGUUCAUGACCACCUACUUGGUCACAGAAAACACACUGGGGAAGCCUACACAGGGCUGCUUCCAGGUUGUUCCAGGGAAGUUAGACCUGCUGACUCACCCAGGCCUUGUCAGCAUGAACACCUGCUGCUCACUGCCCUGCCCACAAAGGGUUAAAUAUAAGGGGGUUCAGAGUGCUUCAGACCAUCGAGUCUACCCAGGAUACUUCUUAACUUAAAAAUUCUGGAGUGUUUACUAUCUUCCUGUCUCUUAAGAAAGGGAUAAUAGUGCCUGAUUCUCCUCUUUAGCUCUCCACCUUAUCAUUAGGAUGGGAUCUUUCACGGAUGAAAAUGAGGAUGCGAUCGGUCCCUCCCCUUAGAAGGUUUUAAAAUUUUGAAGGACUCACAGGAAGUUCCACAGGUGGCAGGAGUGGCCAGGCACUAAUUCGUUCAAUUAGGCGAUAAGAAAAUAGAAGGCUACUUUCCAAAAUGUGAUUGCUAGCCAGCUGUGGCACCUCGCGCCCGCAACCCCGGAAACUCCAGAGAUGAAGAGGAGGGACUGCCGAAAAUUCCCAGCCAGGCUGGGCUAUCAGGGAGACCGUGUCUCAAAACAACAACAAAAGCAAAAUCAAAACUCAAUGGCAAAAGUUUCAUUGUUUAUUUAUAUAAAAUUGAUACAAUGUUAAUUCCCUUAAAGUAUAAAACGUAAUUAUUGGCACCUAUGAGGUUUUUUUUUUUGGGUAGAAUCUUAAAAGAAUAAUGUCAGGCUAGUAGCUUCUUAAGAAUCCUGCACGUAUGAUCCUUACCGGGUUCAAACUGAUCACAGCGUUUGAGUCAUUCUGGGUUAGGCUGGUUUAAGAAAUGGGGGACUCAACAGAACAGAUGUUAUUAUCGGGUCCACAUUCUACCCUGCCACUCUCAUUCGUAAGUGCUGGACUUUCUUUCCACCGGGGGUUUCAUUUCUCACUAUUUGCCAGAACUCACUGGAUUCAAAGGAAGCAGAUGCUUUAGGUACUGUUAUAAAAUGCACUUGACCUCUGCGUGUGCCACACCCAAACUAGCAUUGAUACUGAGCUGUCUGAACUUAGUCUGCACAACUCAGGAAGGCUGCACAUUUGUUCGUGAGGACCCAAGCAUCUUUAUCAGUCAGUGUGCAGACACCUCCGCGAAACAAGAAUGCCGCUGCAAAUUCGCACCAGGUGCACUGUGGGGUUCUCCUUUAGUUGACUAGAUAGUAAUCCAGUUCCAUCACUGGCAUUCAGUCACACUCUUAUGGUUAGUAAGAUGUCAAUAGCUACUAUUCUCACCAGAAUGAAAUGAGGGGGGUCUCAGUUUCCCCAUAAUAGCGCUUGUACAGAGGAGCUGCGGCUUUGAAUGGGGUGCCACCUUUGUUGCAAGACACGUUUCAAUCACCGGCAGCUGCGUCGUGUUUUACUAAACCUGCCUGAAAGGCUGAGCAUGCCAAUCAUAGGGACUUUCAUACGGCAUUUCCUCCCAUCGAGUCCGAACAUCAUACCAAUGCAUGGGUGCGGAGCAUUAGUUGGUAGAUAAUUUGAACUUGAACUUGGAGUGUGGUGAUGGUACAGAUCCAAGUUCUUUUAUCUUUUGAGGAUGUCUCAUGUUUGGCAGCAUCAUACACCUUGGAGAGCAUAUACUUAUUAGGGCUUUAAUCAUAGAUAUGUAUGUGUAUUAGUGACUUAAACUUUGGAUUAAUAAAUACAUCGAUUAGGGACAGCCGUAAUAGAGAGGAAUUGCAAGAAUGUUUCUUAAGGAAAGGUAGAUCUUCGCAUUUGGUUUCUGUUCGAAGCAGAAGUAACUGCUACACGGUUCACACCUUCCUAUCAAAGAGAAGUCUGUUCUCUGUCUAAUUUAGAUCGUCAUUUCUGUUUCUCUCUGUCCCCAGAGGCUGUGUGGUGAAAGACUCGCACUGAAAAUCCAAGCGAUAUUAGUAAUAAAUGUAACUUGA